CCCCGCCUUCUGCUCGCCGCGGCGCCCGGGCGGGCGGCUCUACUUAAGCAGCGCGCGGGUCGCCACCCGGCACUCCCCUGGAGCGCGCGGGCGAGGCGGGAGGAGUGCAGCGGGGCUCGCGGGGGCGCACGGAGGCGCGCUCGCAUUGUGCACUCGGCUCCGCGCGGCUCUCGGCGGCAGCGGCGGGCCGGGGCGCAGGGCUGAGCGAGCGUCCGAGAAAGGCGGCGGCGGCGGCUCCGGCGCGCGGCCCGGCUCUCGCUCACUGCCCUAGCCCGGCCACCUCUUGGCCAUGGCUCUGGCGGACAGCACUCGUGGACUACCCAACGGGGGUGGUGGCGGCGGCGGCAGCGGCUCCUCGUCGUCCUCGGCUGAGCCGCCGCUCUUUCCCGACAUCGUGGAGCUGAACGUGGGGGGCCAGGUGUAUGUGACCAGGCGCUGCACGGUGGUGUCGGUUCCCGACUCGUUGCUCUGGCGCAUGUUCACGCAGCAGCAGCCGCAGGAGCUGGCCCGGGACAGCAAAGGCCGCUUCUUUCUAGACCGAGACGGCUUCCUCUUCCGCUACAUCUUGGAUUACCUGCGGGACUUGCAGCUCGUGCUGCCUGACUACUUCCCCGAGCGCAGCCGGCUGCAGCGCGAAGCCGAGUACUUCGAGCUGCCGGAGCUCGUGCGCCGCCUCGGGGAGCCCCAGCAGCCCGGCCCCGGGCCGCCGCCGCCGCACUCGCGGCGCGGGGUGCAGAAGGAGGGCUCGCUGGGCGACGAGCUGCUGCCGCUCGGCUACGCGGAGCCUGAGCAGCAGGAGGGCGCCUCGGCUGGGGCGCCGUCGCCCACCCUGGAGGUGGCUAGCCGCAGCCCGUCGGGGGGCGCGGCGGGCCCGCUGCUCACGCCGUCCCAGUCGUUGGACGGCAGCCGACGCUCGGGCUACAUCACCAUCGGCUACCGCGGCUCCUACACCAUCGGGCGGGACGCGCAGGCGGACGCCAAGUUCCGGCGAGUGGCGCGCAUCACCGUGUGCGGCAAGACGUCGCUGGCCAAGGAGGUGUUCGGGGACACCCUGAACGAGAGCCGGGACCCCGACCGGCCCCCGGAGCGCUACACCUCGCGCUAUUACCUCAAGUUCAACUUCCUGGAGCAGGCCUUCGACAAGCUGUCCGAGUCGGGCUUCCACAUGGUGGCGUGCAGUUCCACGGGCACCUGCGCCUUCGCCAGCAGCACCGACCAGAACGAGGACAAGAUCUGGACCAGCUACACCGAGUACGUCUUCUGCAGGGAGUGAACUCCCCACACCCUCUUGCGACUCCAGCGCGCGCAUUCCCUCUCUUUCUUGCCCGGGAGAGGGCUAUAGAUUUCCCCUCCCACCCCACGUUCUCCCAUUCCCCUGUUCCCCACCUGCAGUAGACCCACUGACCCCUCACUUUAGAACCUGCAGCCACAGGUCCUCUCGGCUUCUUCGUCUUCUCUGGACCCCACUAGAAGAGAGAGCCCAGACGUACCUCUCCACCCCAUGCUUCCUCUGCCCCCGGCCUCAAAUCACCCCUCCCCCGGAUUGUCCUUCAGUCUGGAUGUAGUGGGGCAGUGUGGCUACAAAGUCACCGAGUACCUGGGAAUGACUGAAUUGUUCCGAACCCAACUGGACCCUGUCCAGUGUAUAGAAGAUUCCUUGAAAUCUUCUCAAGCCCUGAUGACUCAUUCGCGGUUUAAGAGAUAGAAUUGGUAGCAGUGUCUGCGAAUAGUUUUGAAAGGUCAUUUAUUACGCAGUCUUUUGACCCUCUUUAAAGGUGAAGUUUUAGAAGGCUGAAUGGAAGACUCCAGAGCUGGAAUUAGGAUCCCGCGGAGGCUGUUCAGGGACUAUAAAUGAAUAAAGUUUUGAAAAGUUACAGGUAGAAGUAGGAGAAGAAUCUGGUGAUGGCAUAAUGAAGGAGCGUUUGGUUUCUGUGCAAAUUUAAAGGUCUUCGCCUGUGGUUUAAACUUGUAGAAAGUUCCCCUCCUGCCUGAAGAGGCACCCUUUCUCCUGGGCUCACCGCCAGAAGCCCUUGGUUCGACUGCUUGACAUGGCAGCCGUUAUUGACAAGAGGGGGAAAGAGAGAAUGACGGCUCAGGUCGCCGAGCAUUGCAGGAGGUCACCUGGCUGUGACUGUAAACGGAGCUGGGUAGUAAUGCACGUCGUGGGUAUUAAGAAAACCUGUAUUAUUGCAGUGACUGUCAGUAGGACCUUAGCUCUUAAGCCUUGGGGGGUGGGGUGGGGAGGGAGGAAGGAGGGUAGGAGGGGUGGGAAGGGAGGAGAGGACAUACUCAUUUAUUAUUUGAAAGUUGGAAGUUUGUACCGUCCGUCUGAGUACAUGCACAUUAACAAAAUAGCACACAAAAACAUGCAAAGCAUUUUGUAAAGGUGAAUCACAGAUCUACUCUUACCUGGCAGUUUAUUGAACUAACUGUUUUGCUGAUACUUAUAUAACCUAACCAAAGAGUUACCCAGUAGGGUUUUAGUUUUUGAACUUUAUUUUCUUGUUGAUUAUAAGUCCUGAUUUUAAAAUCUAUUUCCUUGAACAAAAUAUGUUGAUUUGGGUUACUUAGACUUAAGUUCUCUUAUUAAAAAUCCUUACUGUCUGCAAGCCCAGCCAAUUUUGACUUCUGGGCAAACCUGAAAAAUGCCACUUCGAUGCAGGUUGUUUGAAGUUAAGGUGGAAUCUUUUCGAAUGACAGAGCUGCAGAGAAUAGAAACGCCAAGGGCUGCCAUCUGUAGAUAGCUGUAAAGUGGAAUAUUUUAAAAUGAAGGCAAAUAAGUGCUUAAAAGUGAGCUGAGCAAUAAAAUGGUGUUCCAUGUAAAUGCAACUGAAACAGAAGGAGACCUGGUUGCCUUAUACCUUUACUCUAACAUGGAAUAAAUCCCCACUGUAUAUCGUAUCUACACUGUAAGUGAAGGGAGAUGAAUCGUCUUUCAUGCUGUGAGGCUCCUUUGGAUAUUCUGUGAUGACGGAGAAGCCUGUCCUUUUUCAUUUGUUUCAGCAUCAUUCUCUUGAAGUAGGUUUUUAAAAGAUUUUGUAAGAGUCGUUUUCAGUGUUUAAAUUAGCGCUAUUUUUUUUCUUCUUUUUAAAAAUGAAUCUUGUACUGUAUCUUACUAUAUGUCCAUAACAGAUGUUAAGAAUUGGAACAGUUUUAUUCUUAGACUCAUGUGAUCCAAUCUGUAUAUACCAUAUAUAAACAUUUUACAUGAAUCAUUUAGUUUUUUAAUUAAUUUACUAAUGCUAUAAACGUUCCUGUGUUUACCCCCAGUAACUUGCAUCAGAUGGUGUAUAUACUAAAGCAACAUGUUUCAAUGAGUUUCUUAUAUCCUUGUCUAUGGGGAAAUUGGGUUAGAAAAAAAAUACAUAGUUAUAAAGCUGAGUUUGCUCCAUACUUUUUGCUUGGAUAUUAGUUGUAUACUAAUAUGUCAAUUAACUGUCUGCAUAAACCACAGUACCUGUAUUUUUAAUCCACCAAUUCUUUUUUUUUUUUUUAUUGGGGAAGAGAAAGAUUUGAGGUCUUUUGUUGGAGGUGCCUUUUUAGAAAAGUAAAGUUAGCUUUACAAUUACAAAGACCAUAAUUGUAAGGGAAGCAGAAACAUUCAGGAAGUCACAUUUGCUUAUGUGUUGGGUGUGUUCUCGGACUAGGUAACACAUCAGAACCUAGCCCUGUUUCAAGCCUGAAAUGAUUUAGGAAUGUCACUCACUGGCCAAAAGUAAGUGUCACAGAGAUUUCUGCACCCUAUGUGGUAUUCUGUUAGAUUGUGCAACAAAAAGCACAUAAUUGAGAACAUCUUGGGACAGAUCAAAGCCACUGACGUAUGGCAAGACUCCGAGAUUCUGAUUUGCCUUGUUAAAUCUGCUCAACUCCAGGAGUCACGGGAAAUUGCUCAAGUUUUGUCUCUGCCACCCAAGUCUUAAAAGUUUUAUCUUGUAAAACUUUGAGUUGAACUGUUUCACAGCUUUGUUCGUCCACAUCUCACUCCUCCACACAUCCUUGCUGCCCUGCAGUACUCCCUAACCCCUUUCAUUAUCUGAAAGACUGGGAAUUGAAUGGUUAGAGAUGGUAAACCAACCUUUUUUUCUAUGAUGACUAUCCCCUCUAAAGUUGGAAGUUGAUACAUGAAAAAUUCUACCUUAGCCCAAAGUAAAGGCUGGGUAGGAAACUCAUUUUUACAUUGGGUGGAUACUAUAACUGAGAUAAGAUGACUUGGCCUCUGCACUUUUGGGUCCCAUAUUCACCAUGUGCUCUGAGCCACAGAAGGACCCUUAGUGGUCUACAAAGUGGGCUGGAGUGUUGGUUGUCAUCUGUGAGCUUGGAAGAGAUAUUGAGCGUCCAUUUGAGUAAGCUCUCCAAAGACAUUCAGUAACCUGGGAGGGUGUCAUAAAUUAUUCAGAAAUUAUAACUGCAUUAAUCUGACUCAGUGUAGCAUGCAUUUACAUAUGUAAUGGCUCUAAUUACCAUUUGGUUCAUAAAUACAACUGAGUGACAUUAGAUUUUAAUACCAAAUUUAACUUUUUAAAAAAGAAUGGUUGACAGUGGUGGUUAAAAAAACAGGUACCAUGUUCAAUGCUUUUGCACCAAGUGUUUGACAUAUUGUCUGUUUUUUAAAACAUGUAGACUAUGAACCAUGUUCGUUUUAAUUUUUCAAAUUGUGUGUUGUGGAAAAUAUUCCUUGAAUGUGUGGGACUUACAUUUUUUCCCUUUCAGCACGAUUUUUAUUCUUGUGUUUUAUUUGGUUUUUGUAUUGAUAGCAAAGUGAUAAUUUAUAAUACUAGACAAAAUUGUCUUCUCUUUCAAACCAGAUCCAUAUAUAUAUGGAGCCUGUUGCUUUUCUGGGGAAAUGCAUAAUCUGUGAAUUCUCAGACAAAAUAGGCAACUGGCAUGCUCAUAACGUAUUACAAUUUUUAUUGGAAUUUUCCAUGGAAUGUUAUUACUACAUUAAAGCCAUGUAAGUUGAGGCUUUGAUAAUUUUUUACUUUUUAAAUUAUGGUAAAUUCUAAUCUAAUAUUCAAAAACAUUUUUGUACUCCACAUGAAAAGUGAUAAAUGAUAGUGCAGGCAUUUAGAACAGUAUUGACUGGAGGCAUUGAAUUCCUUAAGAAUUUUUUUUUAUAAUCUAAAUCAUAAAUACUCAGUUGACUUAAAUUUCUAAAAUUGUAAACUGAAUAUUUUUAUUGUAAACCUACUAGAGUAAAUCCUUUGGAAUUUUUUUCUGUUUUUCCUUAUUAUAACUCAUUUAAAAACUGAAUUAGUUUUCUUAGAUGACCUAAAUCUAUCUCUUGAGAAAUAAAUAAGUCUUGUGUUUCCAGUGGCUAUAGUACCUAAAAUAGGCUUUCCUAGAGCCAGAAACAUGCUAUGUUGAAGUUAACUUUUCUUUGUCACAAUUUUGGAUGAUAAACAUCUAAAAGUAUUAAUGUUUGAAGACUUCUAUUCUCUACUGGGGCCCUUGAAACUAAGAUGGAAGAAAUUCAACCAGAAUAUUUACAUUAGAGUAUAAACUCGUGUGGUAGGAAGCUGAACUAGUUGACCAAGAAUUCUUGUCACCUUAUACAUUUUGUGAUUUUUUUCCCAGGUUUUUUUUUUUUAAUUCUAAAUGUGUUUUGAGGUAUGUGAACAUUAAUUGUAAUGUAAACUAUUAUACAACUGUCUUUGUGACUUUAUAGGCAGGUGAAUUUUGCUAUUAAUAUUGAAUACAAAUGACAAUUCAUUUAUGACCACUCAAACAGCAUUUGUGACAUUUAAUGACAAAGGUUAAAACAUCCAUUGUGGAUAUUAAUUUUGAAGAUGCAAAUUAUACAUUAUUUAAAUUUUUCUGGGCAUCUGAAAAACUCUUACCUGAGAAACAAUGUAAGAUUCCCACAGAGUUAUCUGGGAUUAUGAAAUUGUUGAAAAUGUUAUAUGCUAAGUGAUACAUAUCACUGAGCCAUAUUCUCAAAAUUGAAGGAGAAAGGGAAAAAAUCAUUAUACAAUUAUCAGGCUUCCUAAUGAAACAGAAAGCCAAGAAAAAAAAAAAAUCCUUUUAUAUUUUAAAAACCGAGGAAGUUUUUUCAGACGUGCCCAAACUUUAAGUGAGAAUUUCUUCAGCCAUCUAAAUGCUCUAGAGAUUUUGGUUCUCUGUGUUCACAACCAGUUGUAUAACAGAAAUACUCAAUAUUGUUUUCCUCCCUGUGUGUGAAGUAAUGAAUCAUUGAUUAUGUGACUUGUGAUGUAUUCUUCUAUUAAACACUAAAGAAUAAAACAUUCACACUUUAAUUAUU